AUGAGCUCGAUGGCCAUGGCAAUAGCGGAAGCUGCGGCCGCCGCUCAGAGACUCAGAAGAGAAGCAGAGAAAGGAAUAAGAUUUAGAAGAAGCGCUGGAAGGGUUGUGCAAGCAAGACGAGUUGCAAAGGGCAUGAAUAUAGAUGCAGAUCCGAUUCUUCUGGCUCAGCAAUUAUCUGCUCGACCCUCAAUUGUGUCCGUCACGUCAGAAGAAGGAACUUAUAAUAUUCAAGCCCAGCCUUUACCAACUGAUUUUGGAUUUGUGCCAGCAUUAAAGAGUCCUUUACCAUCUUCUCGCACUUCGUCAAUUACCGGUGCAUCAACCUCAAGAAGGUCAAGUCAUCAUGUAAUCUUGGAGCCAGUCAAAGAAGUACGUCGCACUGCUUUAGUUCGACGUCGAUCAGAUGGCUCGUUGUUGCAACAUCGUGACGUAAACUCCCAACGUCAUAUUAAAAUAUAUAUAUCAAAUGAAGACGAAUAA